UCGCGAGUCGCCUUCGCCUCAUCCGUCUCACUGCAAGGCAACGACGCAAACACGGCUGCUGCGAUUAUCUGAGCUCCGAUUUUUUGCAACGAAAAAGGAAGAAUUUGAUUAGUUUUCGAUAGUGCGAUUCGUGUACCAUUUAAAGUGAAAAAACGCAGAAAGUAAGAAUAGUGUUCGGUUACGUGGUUCGCCGAACCGUGCCCGGUCGCUAUCAUCGGCCGGAGAUUGUGGGGAAAAUUCCUGCCAUAUUUGUUUUUCUUUGUCGAUUUCUCUUGUUUCACGACCGUACGUGGAAAAACUUGAACGUGGCUGCGGAUGCUGCCCCUGGCGGAAAAUCUGGACUAGAGUGUCGAAAUAACUAUUUCUGUUAAAUGAGAAAAAAGGGAAAAUAGCACAACAUGGAGUUCUACGCAAUUUAUCUCCCGUACAAGGAUCCCGAAUUGUCGAUAAAAAGUUUUUACAAUGAUAAGGAUGAAGCACUGAAGGUGCUCAAAUCGCACAAGGAAGCCCGGCUGAAAGCAUUUCGCACCAGUGAGGAAGCAGUGUAUUUCUACCUUAGCGGUCCCUCCGAUCUAGUGCAGACUGCUACGCCGAAGUCUCCAAACAGUUCUCAAUCGAAGCUCAAAGUGGAAAAGACUCCCUUCAAGGCACCGAAAAGCCAGGAGCUGGUAGCAUUUCGAAAGAUAAUCGAGAAGAAUGAACUGGACAAGGCACGCAGCAUCAUUCAGCUGAACCCUCGCUAUCUGGUCAGUUCGGGUGAUAUGCCUACCAUCCUGAAGGAGGGUCCCCGCUACAAUGCACUACACGUGGCCGCCAUGGAAGCCAGCACCGAUAUGUGCAAGCUGAUACUGCAGACGAUCGAAAAUCCGAGCUUUAUCGAGUUUCUGCACGGACAGCGGAACCCUUCGACCGAUGAGGUCAGCGCGAUUCUGCUGGAUCUGUAUCUGAACAUGCCGGACAAAAGCCGCAGCGAAACGCCGCUUCAUUUUGCGGCCAAGUUUGGUGCCGUCGGUGUCGUGGAGGUGUUGAUUUCCUACCCGCAGUGUAAGAUGACCCGGAACUCGGACGGGCAGCUGCCGAAGGAUAUUAUUUGCACCAGAGCUAAAAGUAAAAAUAAUACGCCGGAGAUACGAAAGUCGAUUGAGGAUCUGCUACAGGAGCGUUUCUUCGUGCCGGUUAUACGUGCCGUGGACAACAGCACUCCGCCAGUGGUUGGUGAACCUUUCACGCUUUCCAAUCCGCCGAAUUUGGAGGCAAAGGACAAGUUUAGUCCGAAGUUGGAAAUUAAGGCGUUCGCCGGACCGAUGGAUAAGGAAAAGGCCAAAGUGUUUUGUAAACGUUGGAAGACUCCGCCUCGGUUAAUUCCGUCGCCUCGGUUCAUUUCACCGGUGAAGGCGUUUAGUUCUAGCAAAAUUCCGAUUUCCGUCACCGGUGGUAACACACUGAGUCCGCUGUCAUCGACACCCAUUGCCAACAAACGUGUCGGUGGUCGACGGUCACUUUUUCCGAACCGUUCGUUCGAAUCGGCACUCGAACAGGAGGAACAGGAACGAAGCAAUUCCAUCAACAACAACUUUGACAUUGAGGUCGUUCAGGAGGAUGCCGAUUUGGAAGAGUUGGAGGAAAAGCGGCACGAGGAUGAAAGGAACGGGAAUAAUCUGGUGAUGGGUGGUGGGGUCCGAUCGUUUCGAUUGGCCGGAGGUAGUUUCGGAGUUCGGAUGAGCCCGGUGAAAAAAGGUGGCGGCGAGGCGGGAAAUUUCCUGUUUCGAAAGUACAGGGAACGGCUGCAAAAUUCUUUUGCAACCAUUUACGACGAUGACGAUGAUAAUUUGGAUGCUGGGAACGACACCCAGGAAGGGUUUAAUGAGCUUGAGGCGGGGGAUAAAUCCGUCGGGAAUGGAGAUGCAAAUUUUAGUUAUUUUUGCGACGAGAACAACUCGUUCUACGAGGGCACAAAUAUUACCGAAUCGCCUUCCUUCAAGGAACGGAAGCUACGUCUGACGGACACGGAAAAGGGUCUUGAAAUUAUUGGUCGGAAUUUGGCCGAAGAUCAUGAAGUUGGUUGGAACGAGUACUGGAAUUUCUUGGGGACUUUUGCUGAUCUGAAAAGCAACGAUGGCUUGAGACUGUUCGAAAACUAUCUCCAACAGCGUCAACUAGAAUCUAACAAUUUGGAUAAGGACAAAGACAGUCUUCCGAACCGCAUACUGGGAUCCGUUGCUGUCGAGAGCAAAGCCAACGACAGUCUCGGUUCCAUCUGCGGAGCGAUGGAACGGAUGCAGCUCAAAGAAAACCUCAAGCCUUCUCCACUGGUGACUGCCGCCGCUAGCUUCAGAAAUCCUCCUCUACCGGUGGAAUCGACUCCGAUCCAUUCGCAAAUCACCAAUCCGUACCUGUGCCUGUACAACUCACUGCAAGUGUUCGCCAAACGAUUCGUGAAGAACCUGGAUGAGAGCAGUACGACGAUGACGAUGGAUUUUGCGGCCUUCUUCCAGCAGGCAGUGGUCGAUUGCGUCCGAAAGCUGAACACGAUGGUCGACAACUACCGGAAGGAUGCGGCAUUCGGGACGAUCGAUUUCAGUAAGGUGCACUCCCGGUAUGCGCAGCUCAUCGUGAUCAACAUCGAACUGCAGAAGGAGACGGCCCAGGGGGUGAUCCACCGUCUGAAGGUCCUGUUGGACAAGAGCCGGGAGGUGAACUCUGCUCGCAAGUAUCCCGAUCUGCACGACAGUUUGAUUUGUCUGCAGAACUUCCUGGACUUUUACAUCUUCAAGAAAACCGAACUGAUGAACGACUGCGGUCAGAGUGAAUCGCAAACCGAGGCUAGCUGCAGUCGAACGUGGACCGAGGAUCCGUUGGUACACAGUUGUAACUGUCGAAUCGACGGGGUGUACGCCAAAAAGGGUAGCAUGGAACGGUUGAAUAAACGUCGGGAGCAGAGGAAAAAAGCCGUCGUCGGUUUUGGUGGUGGUCAGACACAAUCGAUUUUCUCACAGGAAGACGUCAACCAUCAGCCCAGUUCUAGUCCAAUAUCGGUGACCAGCUCGAAUUUCGGCUCCUAUCGAAAUCCAGUGACGCUAAUCGCUGACAAUUCCGAUGACGAGGAUGAGGAGUAUUUCAGCUGCAGCGACUCCGAACUGGACACCGAUUCGGAUGGGGACGAUCCGAAUGUUAGCUACGAAACGCCACCCUCGAGUCCAUCGUUCUUUUUCCAACUGCAAAACACCGCGUCAGACCUGAGCACAGUGUCCACUGAUGACGGCGUGGCCGGCGGCGAUCGGGAGGACAAAUUUCUUGACAGUAACGGUGAUGUUGGCGAAGCCGACGAUAAACCGUUCACGAACUUCAUCGAGGGUUUAGAACCCAGCAAACAGGACGUGGACGUGCUGAAGGUGAUUGAAAAACUAGUGAUAGAUUCAGAACAGUACCCGUACGUUCACGAGUGGCGGACGGCGAUGACCAAACUACCGGAUGAACUGAGACAAAGACUCUGCAUCAAACCGCCGAAAAUGCGCUGGCGCGUUGGUGGUCCGGCUCUCGAUAACACUCCAACGAUGGCAGACGUCAGCGGUACUGACGAGUACCAUUCCUAUGGGACCGCGUCACCAACAGGAACCCCGGUCAGUUCGGUGUCAAAACUAUUCCGUUACAGAGAAGGAACGUCAGCAGCAGCAGCUACCAACGACAGUCUGGCGUCCCUUGAUGGUCGUAUCAGUUUAAUGAAUAUUUCCGAGUACAACGUUGCUGGUCAGCAGCGAGUCACGCCAGCACCGUCGUCGUAGUCUUACCGGGGCGGGAAGUGUUCCGCGCGUUUUUUAGUCUGUUUUUGUUCGUUGCUGGAUCGUCGUCCCAUCCAGGUUUUUUUUGGCAUCGAUGUCUAUGCGAAGCGUUUUAUUUCAUCGAUCAUCCCAAUUUUGUUCUUUUUUGGCCCGACCGUUGCUGGGAAGUUAAACUGAACGUAUCGUGGACUUACUAUUAAGCAUCGUUUCAGUAGAAUCGUUAUAUUAUGGAAAACCUGCCAAAAAUCGUUCUGAGAACUGAAUUACAAUAAAUAAUUUUAUGAAUCGAUUCCUCUCGAGUCUCGGCUUGUGUUUGUCGCGCGGGAUUGCAGAAAUCUGUUCGAUGUUCCCCCUCUGUCCCUCAGUGACCGUGAUAUAACCGCAGUGGCAUACAAUCUGUUGAAACCAGUGUCGUUUUCUAUACCCUUUAGGCGUUAAGUGCAAAUUCCCUCUUUUUUAAUCACAUUUUUAUAUUUGAUAUUCACUACUGAUAAGGAAUAAAUACAGCUGAAUGAGCUAAAUAGUCAAUCAUUAAUAACAAA